AUUUAAAGAGAAAAAAAGAAAUUAGUCCUAGGGGGGGCUGCAGAAAAGAAACAAAUCCAAGAAAAACAAGACCAUGAGAAAGUUUUGAUGCGAAAUUGGAACCAACGGAGUUGUGCGAUCUGAAAUUCCGAGCUUCUGAUCUUCUUCUUUGGCACUCAAAUGGUGUCUUGAAUGCUGUGCUGUUCUUCGAUCGCCGUUCCCCCAUUUUUUUUGUAAGAUAAUUACAGUCUGUCGCCAUGGCUGCCCCAUUCUUUUCAACGCCUUUUCAGCCUUUUGUCUAUCAGAGUCCCCAAGAUGCUGUAACUCCUUUUCAGAUUUUAGGAGGUGAAGCUCAAAUAGUUCAGAUUAUGCUGAAGCCUGGAGAAAGAAUUGCAGCAAAGCCUGGUAAGUAAUCAUGAGUGUAAGUAUUAACUAUUUUUACUAGUAAUCAACCUUAUAUAUAUGUCUUGCCAUGUGAUGGUAGGAUAUGUUGUUUUCAAAUCCAAUUAUGAUGCUUUCCACUGAUAAAAGUAUUUAAAUAUGCACAUUGUAAUGUUUAUAGGUGGGUUCUGCGUCAAAUUUACAAGUAGCCAACCCAUUAUUGGGCAUAACAUGUUGUUGUCAGAUCUAGUUAGCAGUAUCAAUAGUCCUUGAGUUUUUUUUUUUUUUUUUUUGGGUAGUCCUUGAGGGUUUAUGCAGAUGAUAUUGUUGAAUUUUGAUGUGCAUGUCUCAUAGUUAUUCAUGUCCACAAUUAUGGUGUUAUUGUUUUGGGGAGGAAUGUAAGCUCGUAUGUGGCUUUUUGGUUCAACAAUUACAGUCAGAAAAUGACUGCUGGCAUGUUUUCAGGUUCUAUGUGCUACAUGUCUGGAUCUGUCCAAAUGGACAAUAUUUAUGCUCCUGAAAAUGAAGCUGGUGUAUGGCAGUGGCUUUUUGGGAAGACGGUGACCAGUGUAGUUCUACAUAAUACUGGUUCAACUGAUGGAUUUGUAGGAAUUGCUGCACCAUCAUUAGCAAGAAUUCUCCCGAUUGAUCUAGCUAUAUUUGGUGGUGAAAUGCUAUGCCAGCCAGAUGCAUUUCUCUGUUCGAUAAGUGAUGUAAAAGUUAACAAUACCUUGGAUCAAAGACCUCGCAACAUUGUCGCCAGUGUGGAGGGGUUCUUGAGGCAGAAAAUAUCAGGCCAAGGGCUUGCAUUUGUUGUGGGUGGUGGUUCUGUUGUACAGAAGAAUCUUGAAGUGGGAGAAGUACUUACUGUUGACAUGCCAAGCAUUGUUGCAUUGUCAUCUACGAUAAAUGUCCAAGUCAAAUAUAAUGGUCCUGUCAGAAAAGUUGUAUUUGGGGGUGACAAUCUAGUCACAGCCGUUCUCACAGGCCCUGGAAUAGUUUUUAUUCAAAGUAUGCCUUUCCAUCGACUGUCCCAGCGCAUUGCUCGGGCGGUAACAUCUCCAAACAUGAGGGACAACCCAAAGUUCUUCAUUCAGAUAGCAAUUUUCUUCUUUCUAGCUUAUGUUGUAGUUGUGUCAUCAUUAAUCUUGACCGACAUAUAAGCAGUUUGAUUUUGGUGAUUAUUGAUUGAUGGUGGUAUACAGAUCCUACCUCAUGCACCGUCUUUGCUUUCUUCUCCACAGUUUAGUUCUAAUUUAGUUUACCGAUAGAGGAAAGUGACAAGUACAAAAGGUUCACAUUAGUUUCAGCAGGGUGAUUUACGAUGUUUUGGAAGUGUGUAUAGACAGAUAAAAUGUUUCAUUUCUGAGCAUCCUAUUUAAUCAAAUUCGUGAAGGCACUCCGUAUUAGAUACCUAUGUCCGUUGUUGCGCAUAUUUGAUGCUCUUUUGCUUGGAAGCCUGGAAGUGUCAAAUUUCUGAGCAAUG